AUGCGUUUCGAGAUCACCGCCGCCGCUCUCUCCAUGUUCGCCGCCGUCGCCUCCGCGAGCUCCCAGACCGGCUCGGUCGAGGCUCGCGGCGUGGACCUCUCCCAGGUGCCCGCCUCCAGCCUGGCGUCCGGCCUGGUGAGCAAGCUGCCCGUGCAGGUCGACGUGAACGAGUACGACAAGUCCAGCGGUAACGUUGGCGUCGGCAUCGUCGCCAACCUGGGCAACAUCCCCAUGAUCGGCUCUCUUCCUCCCUUCACCCGCACCGUGACGGUGAACCUGACGCUCAGCGGUCUGUCCGGUCUGCUGCCCAACUAA